AUGAGCGCUGAUUUGCCUUUCUUUGAAAAAUAUUCAAUUGCCCCUAGUCCAAGUCGAGAUUACUAUGGAAUAAAGGUGUUCGCCAAUCAAGUUACUUUGUAUCAGUGGAAAAUAUCUCAUGGACCACACUUAUCUCCAAUAGUGCGCGUUAUCAAAUUUUCCGAGUUGAGCAAAGAAAAAACAGCGAAGGAGCUAAUCGAGCAUGUGUUUGGCGCCAAUGUACUGAGAUAUCUAGAACUAGCUGCAUCGAGCGGACCCAGCACUCUGUUGACCCUUCCCAAAGAAAUCCUCGAAAAAUUAGUAACGUAUUUGAAUUACAAAGAUAUCAGUGAACUACUGCGUACGUCGACUGUUAGUUCGCAGGUAUUCGACAGAGAUCCUAUUUGGGAAAUACUGUACAAACAAUCGAAAGCUUCGUCCGACUUUUCCGAGAUGGACAAAGCAGUGGCUGCAAACAGGGGAUUCAAGAAGCUCGUGCAAGAUCAUCAGGUCAGAUCUACAGCGAAGAAGAGCAUCAAAUUCAUAGACGGCAGCGCGAAACGUCAUCAAACUACGACAAGCAAAAAUGAUCGAGUCAGACGCUCGGCCAGUGUUACUAUAACCGAGGCACAAACGCAAAGGCAAGAGCACGUGACACCUGUGGCGAGAACACGACAGACCACGAGCAGCAAUCCGAGGAAAGGCCAACAACCAUUGAAACCGCUCGCGAAAACCGGCAGCCAAGUGCAAGGGCAAACAUUGAGUUUGUCAAGGUCUGGAAAGAGCAUGUCCGAUGAGAAGUCGUCGAUCUUCGCCAAUUGUGAAAAGUUCGCUGACAAAAAUAUUGCUAUACAAGCUUGUCGGGGUUUCAAGUCCAUCAAGGAGACGCCCACCAACAAGCCAAACACUCACACGAAGGCCAUGAGUAAGUACAAGUUCGUCAAUGAAGAUCGAGAGAAAACAGAAUUAUUAUUACCCAAGGCAUUUUUCAAAUCGGCAAUUGUUCAAUCUGACUUGGACGACAACGAGGUCCCGGACGAGCUACCGAAAAGUAAAAGCAUGAUGAUCGAGAGUCCGAAAAGUAGCUUCUGUAAGCGCUCCAGUCACGCAUUUGGCGAUAGCAAGGUUAAAGCGCAAGCUCCACUCGGUCCAGUCGGCAAAGGCAAAAAGGCGUCGGAAUCGGCGCGCAAAGGCCACAAAAGCCUGAGCAAUGCCUGGAAAAGUGCGAGGAAUGACGAUAGAAGCGACGACUCGGACGAGAGUGGAAUGUCGUUUUUGAUGAAAAGAUACCUGGAGGCAAGCAACGAGGUGGCGAGAAAACUUUCCGAAUGUCAGCGCCUGGCGAAUGCUACGAAAAGCUCAAGCGUACAAGCGGACAUGAGCGACAUAGGCGAUCGUAAGCCUCUCAAAAAGCUGCACAAGUACGCGCCGCCUUGCAUCGACAAGCCAGCGGCCCGCAAAAAGCUCCGAUAAGCAUGCACGCUGCGCCAUCUAAAUCUUUCGUACAAGCACUUGUUCGCUUUCUAUUUGUUGACAACUUUCAUACAAAAUUCUACGAGUUCACGAAAUACAACGAUCAAACAAAUGCAUUGCAAAGACUUUUUGUAAGCUUAGCCACGA